UAAUUUUAGGACUGUAUAAAUGUAACUACUGCUUAACUGUUAAGGAGUUGAAAUUACAUUCAGCCCUUUGAAGGCAACCACGAGGAUGAUGUGGUCCCUGGUGAAAAUGAGUUUGACAUCCCUGCCCUAGAGGAAGCCUCCAUGGUUAGUCCUGUUCCUGCUUCUAGCACACAGCAAAUUCCACCCACCGUACUCCACCAGUCCCCUGGGAACACUCUCAGUUAAGUCUAGAAUCCCAAAAUUUAGACACAAAGGAAAACAUGACCUCCUCUUUCACUUAAGAACUUUGUUCUUGCUCUAUUUCCCUUUCUAAUUCCCAACUCUUUCCAGAUCACUAAAAAAAAAAAAACUAUGAGCUUUUUCCUAUAAGAGAUUCUGUUCUUAUCCACAUUUAUGUACUUUUAUCUAUGGCUUCAGUAGACCCUGCUUUUCUUACUACAUGCCUAAUAUUAGUACAAGAAACUCAUACAUAGCACCACAUAUCCCACAUAACCAAUCUGGUUUUUAAUUUCUUUUUUAAUAGUUCCAUCCUGAGAACUUUGUGCCCAAUUUCCUGUCUUAUUUUAUUUCAUUAUAUAGACCUGGACUCACUAAAUAUGUCCUCUUUUCCAAGUUAGUCCUGGCAGAGACUGUGAGGCCAGAGUUAACAUCACAAUAUCUAUUUUCUGAAGAGGUUAUGAUCCUGGUGGGUGGGGCAGGGGAGGAGCAGCCCCGGGAGGAGUCAUCUCUACUUAGCCCACUUUGCACCAAGUAUGAAUCAAUAGCCAAGACAGAUCUCAGCUGGGCCACCUUUGGAGAACUGGAGUGAGGGUAGAACUUCGCAAAAUACCUGGGUCAAGCCUGGUCACUCAUCCUUUUUGGGGCAACAAGCCUGUGACCUGAAAACACAACACCUGGGACACAGGCCAGUGGUCUCCCCUCACUCCAUCUGCCCCAGCUUCCACCUGUUCUCCAUUUGCCUUUCUUUCAAGAUCCAUGCCGCAUGUCAUCUCUCGAACAUCCAGGAUGGCCCAAAUUGGGCAUCUUUCAGGUCAGUAUGCCAACAAGAACAUUUCUUCAAGUAUCAUUCGAGUGACAUUAAAGACACCAGGCAAGCAGGAAGACUUUAUACUAGCUGCUGAUACCUCAGUGAGGCAGUUCAAGGAGAAGCUAUCAGCUCAUUUUAAAUGCCAAAUGGACCAGCUAGUGCUGGUCUUCAUGGGCUGCCUUCUCAAAGACCAUGACACACUGAGCCAGAGGGGCAUCCUAGAUGGUCACACCAUCCAUUUGGUCAUCAAGUCUAAACAAGGCUCCAGAUCCCUGACCCAUUCCCCCCAGAACAUGCCAACCAACAAGCUCUGCCACCGGGACAGAAACACCAAAGGAAACAUUAGUGAGGUAUUCCAACCUGCUGUUAUGAAUCACACUUCAGUGGAAUCAGCCCUCUUUGUGGAGCCUGAUGCACCCCAGGGGCUUACCCAGGACCUGGAAGUAGGUAGACAUGAGUACAUAACACAGAUGCUAGAAAAUUCAAGCGCCCAGUUGCUUCUGUCUACCACCGACCUCAUGAGACAGUUCAUCUCAGAACACCCAGAAAUGCAACAAUUGAUGCAGCAGAAUUCAGAAGUCUCACACAUCCUUGACGAUUCUGAGAUCCUAUGGCAGACCCUGGAACUGGCCAGGAACCUUGCCUUGAUUCAAGAGAUCAUGCAGGUCCAUCAACCUGCUCAGACUCUUGAGCAUCCUCUGAACUCACCUUCACAAUUGGGUCUAGAGACAACCCCAGGUGGGAACAAGGCCUUGGGCCAAAGCUAUGCUGAUUCCAAAAAUCAAAUACUGAACAGCUCACAAGAUCCCUUUAGGGGCAACCCUUUCACAGUUCCUAUAGAAGGACAAGUGCAAGAAAAAGUCCACUCCUCACCCUCAUAUCCACCAUCAUCCCAGGAAAGGCUGGACCAGCUCCCUGUAACCCAAGUCAUCUAUACUAGUUCUUGUGAUUUAUCUUCAAUCACCUCAUCCAGUGCUACCCCCAACAAGGUGAGCCAUACUUCUAGGGGUAAUACUGCUACUAAUUCCACCAAGGGCCAGAAUCAUAUCUGUGACAUUCAGCAGCCAGCUGGGGUACAAACCUUACCUAACAGAGAGCUCACACAGCAACUCCAGGCAGAAGACAAAGAUGCCACCAUCUCUCUAGAUAGCUCUGGUCAGAGGUUGGAGGAUGACCUCCAACUUUCAGAAGAACAGACUGCUUCCUCCCAGAUCAUAGGAAGCAUGAUAAAAUUGCUUUUGAACAACUCCUACCUGGCCGUUCAGAUGAUGAUGUUCAUGAGCAUGUCCCAGUCAAAUGAACAGUGGAGGCAGCAGCUUCUCACCUUCCUGCAGCAGACGCAGCUUUCUGACAUUCUUAUAGCACUAGCCAACCCUAAAGCAUCUCAAGCAAUGUUGCAGAUUGAGCAUGGUCUACAGCUGUUGACUACUGAGGCUCCUGUUCUUCUGCCCUGGAUUGCACCUUAUCUCUGGGGCUUGGGUUGUCUUCCUGCCCCCAGUUGCAGCUACCCUGACACAGUGCCCAGGGCCUGGGAUGUGCCAAAUAUGGCUGAGCCUGAAGGGCCUGAGUGCUGCCAUAAAUCUGGAUCAAGCCUGUAGAGGCUACAGUCCAUAGCUGAAGAUCCUUCCCCUCUUCUACAAGCCCCUGAGAUUCGUUUCAGCAAGCAAAUGGAAUCACUUCAGGCCAUGGGAUUUGAGAACCACCACACAAUCUGCAGGUGCUCAUUGCUACUGAGGGGAACACCAAUGCUGCUAUUUGCAAGCUCAGGAGAUCCCAAGGAUUCUAACUCCCAUGUCUGUUUCCUUGUUACCUGCCUACUGACCCAUUGGAUCACCUCAUUUACCAGCCAGAGAAACCCUGGAGUAGGAGAAAGCAACCAAUACUUUCUCUACCAAGUAACUGACCAUUGGCCAUUACUGGAAGAUCUGUCAAUAAAAUGGCUACACUCCACUCACCCCCAUCUGAGGUUUGGCUUUCUUUCUUUCACAAAAAAGGGCAACUGUCUGUGUGCAAUAUCCUAGUCUCACCUACCUACAUCCAUGAACACACAUAUACACACCACAUGUCUAUAUUAAUGUAGAGAAUCACAGGUAUACACAUAGAACCACAUGCACAGAUAUAAUACCAUGAUUACAUACCCAAGAACAUCCAUAUGUAGUGUCAGACAGAUGUGAACACAUGCACAGGUUCACAUAUCUCAGGUCCAUAUAUAUUCACAUAUAUAGACACAAAUUCAACACACAGGUAUGAACAGCCAUAUGCUCACAUAGAUACACACUUCCUAGAGACACAUAACAGAUCCACAUGAAAGGAAGGCAAAACAUGCACAAGGGGAAAAUAUUCCAGAUGGAUUCAGAUAUUUGGUCAUAAAGACUUGAUAUCUCAAAUCCAAAUUGUUCAAAUCUGAAAGUGGAAAAAAGAAAAGCCUGGUGGGUCAGCAUGGGAAAAAGUCCAUUUUAGCCAGGUCUUAAUGACUAUUCAACCUCUUAGAAGUCUUACUAAUCACCAUUUUUAUAAUCAUAGGGCUUUUCUGGCUGUUCCUAUUCUCUAUCACAGACAGUUGCUGGCAGCCUCACUCACAUUCCAUCUACAAAAUGUGCAGGCCUCUGUGGGGCAUACUUUUCAGUAAUAUUAUUCUUCAGCAUAUCUAGUGUUUGCAGCUCUUAUUAUCUAUGCCUAGCCAAAAUCUCAUCACCUUUUUUCCUUUCUCUCCAGCCAAUUGGUAUGAAAAUAAUUGUAGUUCAACUACUCAGUUAUUAAAUCAUUUAAGAAGCUCUUGCCAUAACUUAAUAAGUAUUGUUUCAGGCAUUGAAGAAAUAGCAGUGAUAAAGACUCAUUAUUUAUGGAAUUUACUUUCUUUUGUGGUGCUACAGUAUUCACCUUAUGGACAUGUUAGGUGGUGAUACAUGCUAUGAA